AUGCCCGUCGGACCUCGAGUAUCCAAAGAGGAAUUUAUGCAUGCAUUGGGUCUAAACCCACAAGACCCGCAUCAUGAGCAAUAUUACCGCGCCAUGCGAGACGAAGCAAUUAUUGUCUACAACCGCAUGAACCUCGACACCUCCAACCUCCUCGACAACAUACGCGUCGACCCAGCAACCCGCCCCCCUUCUUCUGGCACCACAUCCGCCCUGACUGCCAACGCUGGGCGAUAUUAG